UCUCGCCGCGCCUCGAGCUGGCUGUAUACUUCAUUGCCAGUGUUUUGAACAAAAAAAAAAGUUUACAACGCGCGGAAAAUUUUGACGUCUAAAAAUUUAAAAUAAGUUGUUUACUUUUGAUAUUCGUUAUAUAUUUUUUUAUUUUAAUGCGUUUUGGAUUUAAGUUUUAUUUAUAAGUGAUGGGGUCAGGAGCAUCCGGUCUGGCGGGCGAGGUGCCGGGCUCCGACCUACGGCUGCCGGCAUCCGGACUUCGCUUCUCUUUGCACCAACUACGCGCUCUCAACUCUUACCUAGAUAUCUUGUAUGAGGAGGAUCAAAAAGGUCGUAUAACAACGGAGACGGAGUGCAUAGUGGAGGGAAUUGUGCAGCGUAUAGUAGAUGGCGCCGGGCAGAGGGACCCGCGCUUCAGAUGCUGCCAUCUAAUUGCAUUGCAUAGAAACAAAAAGAUGCGAUCUCGUUCUCUGGAGUACCUGGUGACGCUAGAUGCUCUGCCAACCCUGAACGCGGAGAGCACACACUGCCGGCUGCAAGAUGGGCCUGUCGGCUACGGCAAGGUCUGCCUGACAGGCAGGGAGGCAGACAAGUGGGCAGAGUUCCUGACACCAACGGGAUAUCUAUGCCGAGACAAGGUGGUGGAGCGCUGGGUGCAGCUGUUGGCGCGAUGUGCGCGCGGCAAAGGAGGCGGCUCCUCCCGCGUCCUCAGCGCACGCGCGGCCGCGUACGCUCGCCCGCAACGAUACUGCUAUCUGGAAACCGUAUCACAGCAGAAGAGCUGCGAGCGGCGGCUGGCCAUAGUGGAGGGCGCGGUGUGGGUGCUGGUGCGUGUGGGCGCGGCGCAGGCCGAGGCCAAGCUGGUGCUGUGCGCCCGCGCCGCCGGCUGCAGCACCGCCGCCGCCCGCGUGCCUCUCACACACCCCAUGGCUCUGCUGCACUACACCGCCGCACAGGAGGUCAACUAA